AUGCUAAGAGUAUUUGAAACAGGUAACGAACUAAAGGAAGCCGAACUGUUAACCAGUGAUUCAGUCUUUCUCCUACCAAUACAUUAUUCCAUUCGACAUGAACGUUUGGGCGUUUUUCCGGAAGCAAAGUGUACAAUACUAGGAUAUCCGGAAAAAUCGCCAUUCAUAUGGAUGGUGAUACGACGCAACAAGUUUACAAGGGCGCACGUGUUCGUAUGCAGUCGUAUGCAACAUUUUAUCGAUAUCGACGAUAUCGACGCAUUCUUCAUUCAUACAAUUCCACAUCUACUCAAAUUAGAUCAAUUUUCUGCCCGAAUUCUUGGCAUACAUUUGAGCAGUCGAAUGACUGAACUACUUUCAACUCAUUUUGAUUUCUCAGCUCCAAGCUAUCUCUCCAGUUAUUUCAUCAUAGAUAAACAUAAGCAAAGGCAGAUUAUCGAUAUGGAUAUUAAACUUGCUGAAGGUUAUUCAUUUAUGGAACUCGAUCCAAAGCGUCAUGCUGAUACGAUAACAAACUGUUGGAAAUUUUCAACACAUGGUGAACGUGAUCAAUUUGAAGCAAAGAUUCGUCGUUUACCAUCAGUUGGUGUUCAAAGUCAUGAUGGAACAUUGGUAUCAUUUACCGUUCUAGACGCUUCCGGAUUUUUCAAUAAUCAGUUUACAUUUGUGGAACAUCGUCAACGUGGGUUAGCUGAUCGAAGUGAACUGAAAUUAUGCCAAAAAGUAAUAUCAUUUGGAUUGCAUCCGAUGAAAUUUGUUGAGCAUGAAAAUACGGCAGUUCUUGAUCGUUCAUGCCGAUCACAGUGGUGGAGUACUGUCAAUGAUGAAACUGGCAUUCCGGUUAUUAACGAUCAUCGCGUUGUCUAUCGACGAAUAUCAUCACACUUAUAA